CGAAAACGGAGCGACGCAGAGAGCUAAACCCGGCCCGCGCCGUUUGCCGGCUUCAUCUCAUCAUCCGAUGGGCGAGGGAGAUCUCCACCGCCGUCGGUUUUGGCGCUGCAAUGUGGCCAAGAAGGUGGCUGGAGGGGUGGUGCUGCUGUCCUCCUUCAUCAGGCCAGCCAACGGCCUCAGCCUCAGCUUCAUCUUCAGGCCACUGCAGGAUGGCUGGAGGCGGCGGAGUCCAACUUCGCAUCAUGUGAGUCCUGGCGUACCGAGGUUGAGGCGUGCGCCGGCGCGGCUGCGGUCCCGCAUCGUUGCUAUGGAGGCGCGGGGCAAGGGCAUCGACCUGCUGGAAUCCAUUGCCCUGUCUGAUGAUGCCGAAGAGGCACCAAGUGCGUGGGAAACGAGUCUGGUCUGUUGGAUGGAAGGAUCUGUCUGUUUGUUUGUGUGGUUGUCAGAUCAUUCUGUUCAUCGCAUAGCUGACCGUGGUGCAGUGCAUGAGGCGCCGAUGGAGAGCCACAUGGGUGAUGAGGAGGUGGAAGAGUCGGAGCCCAUCGACUUGGCUGCCGCGGGGGAGGGCGAGAUCACUCUCACCAACUCACAGAGAGAGGUCCGACAGCACACUUUGCACAUGAGGCACAUGUGUCCAACCUUACCCUUGAGCUCUUUGGUCUUGUUCGUUCGUGUGCAGAUAGCUCUUGACAUGGGUCUCCUCGAGAGGCAGAUCAAACACAUCCGAGAUAUCAUUGGGUGGGUACAUGGGGGGCGGCUCUCACAGACAGACAGACAGACAGACAGACAGACACAACACACAAUCAUCCCACGCCCGCCUUCAUUCAAAGUCGCUGUCUGGUGACAUGUCUGUCUGUCGAUUGUCAGUGUCAGUGCUUUCGACAUCGGCGUCGAGCUCGUCGACAACCAAAGGAUGCAGGUAGGUAACACCAGCCCGCAUGAAUGAGACGCGGAAAUGCACACCGAUGAGUGAGUCCUUAUCUAUCGUGCAGCAUUUGAAUCGUGACUUCCGUGCCAAGGACCGCCCCACUGACAUCUUGUCCUUCCGCUGCUUUGACGACAUCGAGCCUGGCUCGCUGCCCAAGGUCACCAGUGCGGAAGACCUGGACCUGGGCGAUAUAUUCAUUUCUGCCGGUUGGUCGAUCGGCGACAGAUAGCAACAAACACACACAUAGAAGGGGUGUUCCGUAUGCAUGCCGUGGCCGCGUGUGUGUUUCUGUGGGCUUGCAGAGUAUGUGCAGGAGCGGUGUGAUGAGGACCGCGCAGAAAUGGAGGCGCAGCUCGAGGACAAUGGGGAGUUCGUCAGCACCGAAAGGUGGGUCGAUACACUGCAGUACACACACAGAGACAGGAACAGGAGAUCAGAGGACGUCUGUUGCUGUGCGCGUUGUGUGUGAAGGGGUGUGAGUGGCGCGAUGGCCAAGACAUUUACAGUGAGGGAACGGCUGCCGCUACUCGUCAUACACGGCAUACUCCACCUACUCGGGUAAGCCAUCCAGCCGCCCCCCCAACUCAUGCGCCGUUGACCUGUCUGCGCGUGUCUGAGUCUGUGUCUGUGUCUGUCGUCCCUCAGUUAUGACGACCAGAGUGACUCAGAUUGGUCGAUGAUGGUCAACCGGGAGGAACAGGUCAUCAAACAGUACUCCGAGACACCCAUGGGACCCAAGUAGCCGAAACACACACACACACAGAGCGCACAUAGCGCAUGCAGAGGAGCACCGAUUCCUCGUUUGCGCUGUGUGUGUGUACAGGAGUUCCAAGGCCGGCACGUAUGUGGUGGGUGUGGGUACUGACAUAGUCUUCAUCCCCCGCGUCAAGCGGGCCCUCAGCCGUGCCGAGGAGCGCUUCACACGCCGCAUCUUCACCGCCCGCGAACACUACAUUUACCGCCAGUUCAGGAAGACCAGGAAGGACCGACGGAACCUCACCGACGACGAGUGGUCAGUCAGUCAUGACACACACGGAAAAGGGCAAAGCUUUGCAGCGAAUGGACGUCCUGCCUGUCCUCCCCAUGUGAUGUGUGUGCGGCUGCAGGUUGGAGUUGGCGGCGUCGUUUGUGGCCAAGCGGUUUGCCACGAAGGAGGCCGUGUCCAAGGCCCUCGGCGUGGGGCUGCGCAUCAUACACCCAAGUCAGUCAGUCAGUCAGCCAUAUACCUAAUGAGACCAUCCAACACACUCGCGCACGUGACAUGACGCGUGCAUCUCUCCACCCUGUGUGUGUGUGUGUGUGUGUAGAUGGUCUUCGGUUGAAGGACAUAGAGGUGUUGAAUCGUCCGUCGGGCCAGCCCUAUGUGGAGCUACUCAAUGAGGGGCGGCGGAAGGGUAUGGCCAUGGGCGUCGUGGACGUGGCCGUCAGCCAGGCCGACGAGAAGGAAUAUGCCGUCGCAUUCGCCACGGCCACCGGCAGCACCUAGCUGGUACCCACCUGGCUGGCUGGGCGGGUGGCUGGAGUGUUUGAAUGUGUGUGGCUUGGGUGCUGGGGCCGCGUGGGAAUCAUCACGACGGACGGACGGAUGUGGGCGUGCGUGGGGUGGGUGGGUGGUGUUGGUGCGGUUAAUUCGUCUCAUUCGAGGGUCUGUCUUGUGCCGCUUCCUCUAUGUAAAUGUCUCCGUAAGAGUGGCUACUAUAUAUUAGUUGAUUGGUCGUCAGACAAGAGUGUUUGUGUAAUCACGGGGGUAUCUUUCUUGGCCUGGAUGGAAGAAUGGAUGGAUGGACAUAUUGCUUGUGUGUACAGAGAGCGAAGAAUGGACGGAAGGACAAACACCAACUAGAUUACGUAUAAUUUUUGCUAACA